UCGGAUAUUUUCCUAAAAAUCGAUGUACAGUUUCUGAAAUGGCUGCUCAGUCUGGACUCUUUCCCCAAUACCAACUUGCAUCCGGAAAUUCGGCGCCUUGGACUCCUUACAUCAGCGUGCGAACGCUCGGACUUGCAGCACCAUGCCUGGCCAGUAGAACUGUCGUCAUAGGAUAUCCAGAGCCUUUCCCAUUCCGCCAUGAGCUGCUGUUGGGUCCGUAUGCGCACGCUCGAUUAUGCUGUGGGUCAGACUCUGUGGGAUCCACAGUUUUCACUCGGAACCUUCCACCUCAUCGUCCAGAUUUGCUGAAGAGACUCUCUUGAAGAUGAGGCCAUCCUCUAUCUUCAAGUCCGCGAACUCGGUGGUUUCGAACUCAAACAAAUCCGUCGGAUUCACUACGAGCUCAUCCACACACCGUGAAAGGGUGUCUGCCACGACGUUAUCACUUCCUUUUCGGUGCUCGAUGUUGAAGUGGAAUCCUCGAAGCUGCAGUGACCACCUCGCCAAACGUCCCGACAGAUCCUUCAUGGACAUGAGCCACUUCAAGCUGGCAUGGUCUGUGAUGCAGGAGAAUGGCAUCCCUUUGACAUAUGGCCGGAACUUCCGAAUGGCCAUUAGCGCCGCGAGACACUCUUUCUCGGUCACGGUGUAAUUUACCUGAUGUUUAUUCAUCUUGGCCGAGAAAAAGGCAAUUGGCUGCUCUUGUCCGUCGUCGUCUCGCU